CUUAAAAACCUCCUGCCCCGCUCUGCCUCGCUGUCCUCUCUGAUCAACACGCCAGCUGUGUGACAGCAUGAAGCGCCUGGACAACCGGGCCGACAGCCACCUGGCCCCGCAGGUGGAGUCGGACAGCAUGGGCAACGGAGCUUGGGUGAACCACGGCUACUCAGGGUCCCCUGUGCCUUCGCCCCAAGGGAUCAGCACCAUCUACAGCUCCCAGCCCCUCUUCCAGGGCGCCGUGGACAGCAUGUACAAACUGGACACGGCCGAUCCGUUCCCGGAGGAGCCACCAUCCGCUGACCCAAGCCCGAUGAAGAAAAAACGGGGCUGCUGCUCUUUCAUCAAAGGCUUCUGGGGAACAACUAUGACCGAAAACACCUCAAACAACAGAGAAUUGUUUGUCCGAACCACUCUACGUGAGUUGGUGGUCUAUCUGGUGUUCCUGGUGGAUAUUUGCCUCUUGACAUACGGCAUGACCAGCUCCAGCACCUAUUACUACACUAAAGCCAUGACGGACCUGUUUGUGAACACGGGUGGCGAAAGUGGGGUUAGCUUUCAGUCCAUUGGCACCAUGGCCGACUUCUGGACUUAUGCUCAGGGCCCGUUGCUGGACGGCCUCUACUGGACUAAAUGGUACAAUAACCAGUCCCUGAACAGAGGGGAACAGUCCUUCAUCUACUAUGAGAACAUGCUGCUGGGAGUGCCCAGAAUGAGGCAGAUCAAGAUCAUGAACAACUCCUGCAACGUUCACAAGGACUUCAAAGAUGAGAUCACGGGAUGCUUCGAUGUUUACAACGACAAGAAGGAGGAUGGCCUUAGCUUCGGUCUGAUUAACGGCACUGCCUGGACCUACCACACAGAGAAAGAAGUCAAAGGUUCGUCUCACUGGGGCCUGCUGACCACGUACAGCGGAGCGGGGUACUACCAAGACCUGAGUCGCACCAAAGACGAGAGCGCCAUCAUACUGGGGGAACUGGUGGACAACCUGUGGCUCGACCGAGGAACCAGAGCAGCCUUCUUGGACUUCUCAGCGUACAACGCAAACAUCAACAUGUUCUGUGUCAUCAGGUUGGUGGUUGAAUUUCCGGCAACUGGUGGAGCAAUCCCUUCCUACCAGAUCAGAACCGUCAAACUCAUUCGCUACAUCAACUACUGGGAUUACUUUGUCCUCGGCUGCGAGGUGGUUUUCUGUAUAUUCAUCCUCUACUAUGUCGUGGAAGAGAUCCUAGAGCUGCGAAUACACAAGCUCUCUUAUUUCAAUAGCAUCUGGAACAUACUGGAUAUUGUUGUCAUAAUGCUUGCCAUCGUUGCCAUUAUCUUCAAUAUUUUUCGAACCGUCAAAGUGGAUAACUUACUUGGCAAACUGCUGGAACAACCUGGUAUCUACGCUGAUUUUGAGUUUCUGGCCUUCUGGCAAACACAGUACAACAACAUGAAUGCAGUGAACUUGUUCUUUGCGUGGAUCAAGGUUUUCAAGUACAUCAGUUUUAACAAGACCAUGACUCAGCUAUCCUCCACACUGGGUCGAUGUGCCAAGGAUAUCCUGGGCUUCGCCAUCAUGUUCUUCAUAGUGUUCUUCGCCUACGCUCAGCUUGGAUAUUUGCUUUUCGGGACAGAGGUUGAAUCUUUCAGCACCUUUGUUAAGUGCAUCUUCACACAGUUCAGGAUUAUUCUCGGAGACUUUGAUUACGAUGCAAUUGACCGAGCUAACAGAGUACUUGGGCCAAUCUACUUUGUUACCUAUGUGUUCUUUGUUUUCUUUGUUUUACUGAACAUGUUUCUGGCCAUCAUAAAUGACACAUACUCUGAAGUUAAGGAGGAGCUCUCUUGCCAAAAAGAUGAGCUACAGAUUACUGACAUCAUCAAGCAGAGCUACAUGAAGACUUUUACGAAGUUGAAACUUAGAAGGGAGAAAAUAUCAGAUGUUCAGAAGGCGCUACAAUCUGGAUCUGGAGAAAUCGAAUUCAAGGACUUCAGAGAAACUCUGAAAGAGAUGGGACAUGCUGAUCAUGAAAUCUCUGCAGCCUUUUCCCGGUUUGACCAUGAUGGGAACCAGAUUCUAGACAAAGGCGAACAAGAGAGGAUGAAUAUCGAGCUGGAGGAAAAGAGGGACGCUCUUUGCGCUGAGCUCAACCAUCUCGGAAGCCAUUAUGGGAAAGAUUUAAUGGAGAAGCCUGCUGUAACGUCCAAUGAGCAGAAGCACUCCAGUCAUAUGUUUGUGGAUCAGGAACAGUUUCAAAGACUGGCCAGACAGGUUCUCCAGCUCGACAGCUCGGUGGUAGGCAUCCAAUCCAACAUUGAGUUGAUUAUGGAGAAACUGAGAUUGCAAGAGGAAAGGAAGGGAUCAGCAAAGAAACUCACUGUGACCGACAACGAUAGGGAUGAUACUGCCUCAGAUGGGAGCGUCCUGGUUUGUGUGGACAGAGGGACGAAGGCUGAGACUUUGUCCUGGAGAACAGCAGAUCGCACCGGCGCCGCAUACGAUUACCGAAUGUGAUGAACCUCUGAGACACAGAAGCACGUGUUAAAGGUCCGGGUCCUUCAGAUAAACCAUAACUUACUGACAAAACCGAUCUCAAAUUACAGCUACUCGCUAUCAUGGAUGUAAAUACUGUAAUAAAAACAUGUUUGACAUUCUUUGCUUACUAGGCGACCGCACUAGAGCUAAUGUAAGAAUCAGGUUCAGGUUUAAGCUCAGAUAUGUAAUAUUUGUUGUAGACCUGAAUAAUCAACAUAUAAUUGGUGUUGUGUAAUGUACAUACAUUUCAAGAGGUUAGAAAUAAUAGUUGCACAAUAUAAUCCAAUUGUAUGUAUGUCACCAAUUAUCUAAGAGAUGCUUGCUUUUCUUUAGUCAUUUAAGGUUUCUGAAUGUUCUAGUUCUAUAAGGUGGCUCGAAAGGCCCCUCGACUUGUUUGCAGUGUAGUGAGAUGUAUUUAUAUAAUCAUUGUAUUUAUAUAUGCAGUACAUCGAUGAAUAAUUAUUCCCCUUUGUUCACCUGCUGAGCUGCCUGAACAUCACGACGUAACAAAAAACAUAUUACCGUUAAAUGCAGGAUGAUGGGAACAGGUAUGGUACCCGAUUAAGUUACAGAUAUUAUUUACGGCGUGUGGUAAAAUAACAAAAUAGUUCAGUGAAUUUAUGCUUUUCUUUCAGAAGCUCGGUCGUGUUACAUGUCUAAUAAAUAUACUGAACGACAA